CAACUUUUUCCCGAGUGGGGUAACUUUGAUCGCGGUGGCCAAAUGUGGGGUACACAUACUCCGACCGGCAUACCCACGGAUGUAAGACGCCUGACGCGUGGAAACGUAGUUCUUAUUCCUUUGCUACCGCCAUCACUUCGUCUUUACUGGGCCGUAUCUUUAUUUCUGAAGACAUGUCUGCUUACCCCGCACUUGUCAUGGGAUCCCUCUGUGUCUUUGGAGGCGUAACCGGGUUCGCGAGGACACGUUCAGUACCGUCAAUAGUCGCCGGCGUCAGUGUUGGCGCUCUAUACCUGUGGUCGGCGGACAGCAUCCGCAAAGGGACACCCAAUGGCUUGGAAGGCGCACUAGGUCAGGCUCUGCACGCCAACUAUAGAAUUCGCUGAUCACCUUCUCAGGCGCAUCUGCACUUCUCCUUCUGUCUUCUCUACCAGCGAGUUGCCAAAGGACCCGUGCCUGCCAUCUUGACCGUUACCUCUGCCUUGGCCGGAACUUGUAAGUUUCAUCUGCGAUCCGCAGGACUCUUCUUCGUUUCUCAAUUCCUGUCCCAGACUAUGGAAGAGUCGUGUACAAUCUGAGGCAGUAAUUAUGAAUCAAGUCUAUCAGCUGACACCAACUCGCAUUCAGGUCUCAGUUGUAUUAGCACUUUUGAACGAAUAUGCAUUUGCCUUGUUCGUUCA